CUAAAUAAAGUCGCGGCGUGUGAAAAACGUUUAGUUUGUUCAACUGCAGACGUUUUAAAAGAUGCAAAAAUGGCAAAGAAUAAAUCCACGGUGUAUUUAGGCUACGAGGAUGAGGAAAUUACAGCUAAACAGGCUGCAUUUCUCAAUAGUUGCACCAACAAAAUCGGUGGCACUCCAAAUUGGCCGAGACAUGAAGUAACCGUGCCCGUUUGCCCAUUGUGCGGCAUGAUGCGUCCCUUACUCGUGCAGAUGUAUGCACCCCUGGAUCGCUCCCAGUUCCAUCGCAAUCUCUAUGUAUUCGCCUGUGUGAGUCCAGCUUGCUCACAGAAUUCCAAAAGUUGGGUCUGUGUACGCACUCAGCAUCUGGACAAUCAGUUUGAUGUUAUCAGUGAACAGUCACCCAAAAUGGUAAACAAACAACAACAACAGAAGAAAAAGAACAAACAACAACAAAAGGUAAACUGGUGCAAUGGAGCCGACGAUUGGGGCAGCUGGGGGGAACCAGAGAUUGUGGCAGAGAUCGAGGCCAUGGAUCUGACCGCCGAUGAUGAGCAGAACGAGCGAAAUGGCAAUUUAAGACCGAAUCUAUUAUUGCCAGCUGCUGAUGAGGAUUUCCCUGAAGUGGCUAAACUAAAUGAUGAGGAUGAUGAUGAUGAGAGUACCUCGGUGGAAAAUGAUUUACUCUGUGGCUUCAAUUCAAUUCAGAUCGACAUGAAUACGCCGGAGCAACUCGCAGAGGAUCCGAAUGCGAAUUGUGCAGCUGCUGUUGUUUCCACAGCAAGUGCAGAUGCAGCAGGAGGAGCACCUGGAGGAGCGGCAGCAACUGCAACAAUUUGUGCAGAGAUUGAAGGUCCCGAGACGGAUGUCGUGCUAGUGGAUACACCAAAGAAACCGGAGCGGGAUCUGAUUGCGCUGCUGAAGCAUACCUCAUUGCCAGCCACGUUGGGACCGCUCUCCCAGAUCAAGGAUCUCACACUCAAGUCGCUCUACAUUGCAGUGGAUGUGGAGACGAAUGCGAAGCAGGAGGAGUAUGAAAACUAUGGUGGCCUGCUCUCAAUGGAUCACAUACGCGAUCUCUAUCAGGAGUACAAGUUGCAGGAUGAGAAUCCAGCGCGUUCACCUGUUGCAUCCGCCUCAUCUGCCGGCGGCAAGGAAGCAUGUGGUGAACAACCGGAAGCAUACGAGAAGGCGUUGCCCGCCCAUGGUGAUGUGGUGUUCCACAACUUCAUCACAACCAUACAGCAGAAUCCAGGACAGCUAUUAAGAUAUUCUAGGGAUGCGCAUCCGCUUCUGGUGGCUCCGUUGAAUGAACCGCUGCCCAAGUGUCCAAACUGCAAGGGAGAAACCAUCUGUGAGGUGCAGCUGCUGCCCACGUUGAUCCCAAAGCUCAGGUUUCAACAGAAUUCCUGCAAUGCGCCAAUUGAAUACGGCAAUGCUUUAGUCUUUACUUGUUUAAAGAGCUGCUGGGAUACGCCCGAUCAGAUGCGCUAUGAGCACGUUGUUGUCCAGUCCGAAACAUAGAUGCAAAACGAAUAUAUACACAUACAUCUAUAUAUGUAUCUAUUUCAAUCGCAAAUUUUGCAUUAACUUAGAAAAUGAAAAGCUAAGCUUUCUCACUUUGUCCUAGAAUGAUUUUAUGCUCUAGUUAUUAAGAACGUUGUACGCUUUUAGACAGCAAAAUGCCAAUUAAUGAUGCAUAGUUGCUAAAGACUCGUUAUUUCCAUUCACAUAUUUAACAAAACAAAGAAAAUGAAAACUUUUAAUUAGAGAAAAGCUA